UCAGGUGAAUUAUUAUCACAAAACAGUUUGAAUAGAUUCACUAAAGAUGAGUGGAAUCGCUUUUCGAAAUUACUUUUUGAUUCGACCUUUAAUAGAAAUAAGGAUUUUCAAUCUUCUUUUGGUGAAAAACUUAAUUCUGCAUUAUCAUCGUACAUUCUUUGUUCUCAAAUUGUCAGCGAAUCUCUUCCAACUUAUAUUGGUUCUUUGCUAGUCGCAGCAUGGCCCAGGGCUCAUUCUAGAUCGAAUAAAGAAUCAAAUGAAUUAUUAUAUGAAAUUAUAUCUGCUAUAAAAGGAUGGCUUGAAGUAAUUACUGAUGAGGUAUUCGUAAGUUCUAAAUUUAAAUUUUUGUUUGUGGAAGACGAUUCUGAAAUGGUAUCGAAAUGUGCGACUGGCUUGGCAGAAAUUUGUCAAGCAACGCAACGCCGAUUGUGGAUGCAGUGGCCUGAAUUAACGGAUGAAAUUUUCAUGGCAAUAAGAGAUUGUUUGACGUGCAACAGUUGCAUGGCAAAAAGACGACUAUUUGACGUUGUUAUACAAAUGACUUCAUGGACGCAUAGAAAUUCGAAAUCAAAAUGCUCAAUAUCGACUCAAACUCACACUUCAUCAAUGCUAUUAACGAAUCGUUAA